AUGAAUCAAUAAUAUGAUGAUUGGCCAUAAUGGUGGAAUGAAGUCAGAAGAUAAAAGUUCGGAAGUGAAACACCACCAAGAAGAUAUGAAAUUACGGUUCCUUCCAUUACUGCGCAUACUUGGGUCAUCCUGGAUGCCUAGACUGGUAGAUUGAUUUGGGGGAAGAAUGAACACUCUAAUAGGGAAAUAGCAUCCAUCACCAAGUCUAUGACAGCUUAUGUUACUAUUAAAAUUUGUGAAUAACUCAAAAUAGAUCCAACCCAAGUUACAGUUUCUGUCUCAGAAUAUGCAACUCAAAUAGGUGGAACAUCCUCCAAUUUACAAGAAGGAGAUAGUCUCACCUUAUUGGAUCUCCUGCAUGGAUUAAUGUUACCAUCAGGAAAUGAUUCUGCCUAAGCCAUCGCUGAGAAUUUUGGAGUCUAUCUUUAUUUUCAAUCCAAAUAUUUCCAACAAAAAAUCGAUUCUAUUGAUAACGACAACAAUACCAUACAUGUCAAUAAUCCUGCAUAGUAUUUUGUAGCUGAAAUGAACGCAACUGCUCAAAAACUAGGACUCUCUAAUACUUACUUUACUAAUCCCCACGGUCUUGCAAAUAGAUUAAAUAGAUCCACUGCUUACGAUGUCGCUAAAUUAUGUUAUUAUGCUAUGAAAUUACCAUUAUUCGCUUAAAUCGUCAGAACCAAAGAAUACUCCUGUACUGUUACUAAUCUAGGAUAAACUCGUGUCUUGAAAUGGGAAAACACCAACAAACUUCUAGAACAAGGCUUCUCAGGGAUUAAAACUGGAGUAACCAAUGAUGCUGGUCCAUGUUUGGCCAGUCAUUUUAUUAGUAGAAAACACAGCUACAUACUUGUAGUUCUUAAUUGCAACUCAAAAGAAUAAAGAUGGGUUGAUAGUUGUCGUCUUAUUGAUUGGGUAACUGACAUAUAUGAAAAAUAAUGA